AUGAUUGACCGAAGAACUAGGGCUUUUGAUGAAUCAGACAUCACCACAACAGCGCAUGCAUCUGCUGCAUCUUCUCCAUCAUCGUCUACCUUCCUAUCACCUUUCUAUCCUGAUAAUAACAUCAAUGCCACUUCUUCCUCACCAAAUUACUUCUCGUCUUCUUCUUCAAGAAAUACAAGGAAAAAGGUAACGUCCAUUGAAGAGGAACCAGAAGCCAUGGAUAGCCCAGGUCCAGAUCGAGGCCUUGAGGUAGAAGGUAGUGUUGUGCAUAUUAUGAAGGUAUUGGCAAGUCAUCCUGCAGCGGAUCAGAGUUUAAUUGAAGACAAGUCACUUCAACUACUCUUUGAGAUGGUUGCCAAUGGAUCUUUAAUUCUAUUUUCAAGAUAUAAGGAAUUUCUUGUACCCUUACACAAUAUUCAACUCCAUAGGCAUGCAAUUCAGAUACUUGGUCUUCUUAUGUCUAAUGACAAUAGAAGCACCACCAAGUACAUUAGGAGGCAUCAGUUGAUAAAAAUACUGCUAAUUGUUGUGAAGGACUUCAAGCCAGAAACUGGAGACCCUGCAUAUGCACUGAGAAUUGCAGACUUGUUGCUUGAAUGCAUAGAAUUGUCAUAUAGACCUGAUAGAAGUUUGACAAUGUCAACAAUGUUGACAUCAGACAAUAUUAGUGAUGAAGGAGCCAUGAACACUCGCACAACAGGCUGCAAAAAUUGUGCCAGUGUUUGCUCAUACGUGUUCAUGAUAGAGGAGGAUUUUGGUAGAGCUAGAGUUGCCCUCAUGCUUGCAGGGAUGGGUUCAUCUGCAGAUGUAGAUACUGUGAGUAAGUUCAUAGAUUUAGAUUCCUUGAGUGGUGUUACUAAGGAAGAGUGGAGAUACUGUGAGUAG